AUGUUACUGAUGCACGUGCUGUCGUGUGCAUUGCAUGGAUACGAAUUGUUCACCAUUUUGGUGCCAUCUCUAGGUCUCGUGUAUCGGCCAUGGUUUGGAGUGAUUCGCUCACCUCGUCCGUUCAUCAUGCUGCGAUUUAUCCGUUCACUGGUUCGAUUUAAACUGCCCAAGAAUCGCAUCAAACAAAUUAUCAAACGAUCUUCUCAGCAAAUCCAAAAUGUCACAAUUUUCUUCAUGUUCUUCAUGGCGCUAUAUGCUAUUAUGGGUGUACAGCUCUUUGGUCGCAUGGACUAUCAUUGUGUUCUGAGCGGUACCGAUCCGCGUAAUGUCACUAUCGCCGAUCUAGCGAUUCCAGACACGAUGUGCUCGCAGAAGGGCGAAGGUGGUUAUGAAUGUCCUGACAAUAUGGUAUGCAUGAAACUUGAUAUGUCCGCUCAUGUUGAGGGUUUCUAUGGGAUGUUCAAUGACUUUGCGUCUUCCUUAUUUACUGUGUACAUGGCCGCUUCUCAGGAGGGCUGGGUUUAUGUCCUGUACGAUUGCCUCGAUACAUUGCCAUCCUACGUUGCAUUCUUCUACUUCGUCACAUUGAUCUUCUUCCUCGCUUGGCUUGUUAAAAACGUUUUCAUUGCUGUGAUCACUGAAACAUUCGCCGAGAUUCGAGUUCAAUUCAGUGAGAUGUGGCAGAGCAACGCUAGCGCCUCUGAAGACACCUACACUCAGCGAUUGGAGCGUUUUGAAGGUGGAUGGCGUUUGGUCGAGAUUGAUCACUACAGCAGAAGCGCCAGCAGUCCGCAAUUCCUACAUCUAGUAGUAAACAGCACUGCAUUUCAAAUUGCCAUGAUGGGUUUGGUACUGCUGAAUGCGCUGUUUAAUGCCUCAUUUGUCUACCGCCAUGAUAAAUCCGAUGCUGUUCGUAAAGAAAUCUACUAUUAUAUCGAGGUAUGA